AGAUUAGAUACCGCUGCUCUUGAACGCCUAUAUCGUUUAUCAUCCACCGCACCCUGGAGCUAACAGUAAACAGAGGUGCGAAGGCCCAACGGUUAGCGGUAAUGGAGAGUAAUAAGCUGUGGGGUGGGCGCUUUUCCGGGGAGACCAGUGAAGCUAUGUUAAAGUUUAAUAACUCCAUCACUUACGACCGAAGACUGUGGAAAGAAGACAUAGAGGGAAGCAAGGCGUACGCCGAAGCGUUGAAAUGCGCAGGAAUCAUUACGUCACAAGAGGCGGACACCCUUCGUCGUGGCCUGACCGAAGUGCGAGACGAAUGGUCGUCGGGAAAGUUCGUGGUUACUCGGGACGACGAAGACAUUCAUUCUGCGAAUGAACGUCGAUUAAAGGAAAUCGUUGGUCAUGAGAUCGGUGGCAAACUGCACACGGGUCGCAGCCGGAACGAUCAGGUUGCCACGGAUCUAAGGUUGUGGACACGCAAGUCCGUCGCCACGCUGAUUGACCAUAUAAGGCGCUUCAUUGAGAUCGCCUGCGCAAGAGCUGAGAGAGAAAUCGACGUGCUCAUGCCCGGCUAUACACACCUCCAGAAGGCUCAGCCUAUUCGCUUCUCCCAUUGGUUGCUGAGCUACGCCUGGUUUCUCCGGCAGGAUGCCGAUCGGUUCCUCGAUCUCUCGCGCAGGUUGAACGUGUGUCCUCUGGGAAGUGGUGCCCUCGCUGGGAAUCCUUUUCCAAUUGACAAAGAAAAGAUGGCGUCUGAGCUUCUCUUCGACGGCGUCAUCCAGAACAGCCUCACAGCAGUCAGCGACAGAGAUUUUGUCGCCGAGUUCCUGUUUGCUUGUUCGCUGACUGCGGUUCAUCUCAGCAAGUGGGCCGAAGACUUGAUCCUCUACUCUUCGGCCGAGUUUGGAUACGCGGCUCUCGACGAUGCUUACAGUACGGGAAGCAGCCUGAUGCCGCAGAAGAAGAACCCGGAUGGACUUGAACUCAUACGCGGAAAAACCGGCAGGAUUUCUGGACACCUUGUCGGCUUCCUUAUGGUCCUCAAAGGCCUUCCGAGCACCUACAACAAAGACAUUCAGGAGGACAAGGAAGCCGUCUUUGACGCCUACGACACCCUGACCGCGUCACUGGAAAUAGCCGCUGGUAACGUGGAAACAAUGAAGGUAUGUAAAUCUGCCUGUGAAUCUGCUCUAAGCCCCGACAUGCUGGCCACAGAUGUUGCCUACUACCUCGUGCGGAAAGGGACACCAUUCCGUGAUGCGCACCACAUUGCCGGGAAACUGGUAGCUCUUGCCGAGCAGAAGAAUCUGCCCAUGACAAGUCUCACCUGUUCCGACGCGAAGUCUGUGUCGGAGCUCUUCGACGACGACUUGGCCGAGCUCUGGAACCACGAGCACUCCGUGGAACAGUACAAGGCGACCGGUGGCACAUCGAGGGAGAGUGUUCUCUCACAAAUCGCCUCCCUGCGACAGUGGCUCACCGAAGAAAAAUAGCGGCGCUAGGCCACAAACCAACACCGUAAUUAUGUCAGUCGCCCUGUGUUACUUCACACCUUAAUGCUGCAAAACGUUCAAGAAGAGAGGGGGCCGUCUUGAUGAAAUCUUCACGCAAACUG